AUGCGUGGUGGUGUUUCUGGCUUUGAAACCGUGGACGAAAGCGUGGACGAAAUCAUCGUCGGAAGAAGGACGUCGUUCUAUUCGAGACCGGAAUACGCGUCAGCACCGGUCGAGUUGGAACCAACGCGAAGAAGAAUACAAAGAAGUGAAAGAAGACGUUUGAUCGCUUUUGCUGAUGAACGAGAAGAAGAUGAAACCCAUUUAAAACCAGAGCAAGUGCACUUGUCGAUAUCCGGAGACGAGGAAGUCACCGUCGUGUGGACGACGAGAGAGCCUUUAGAGGAAGACUUUGAAGUGAGAUACGCGUGCGCGAAGAGAAACUCUGAAGACGAAGAGGAGAAAGAUGUGAUUGACAGAGUGGUCUCUUCGAAGACGCAAACAACGUGGCAUAUAGGUAAAGUUUUCGAGUCGUCUUCGUACACGCAGCAGAUGUGUUUGGCGUCGGCGACGAGUUUAACCGCGCCGAGUAUGGGCGGGCCGAAAACGCCGGUGAAGAGAGACGUUUUAGCGAAGCUGGCGAAUACGUCGAGUUGGGCGGAUAGAGAUGCGUCGAAUUAUAACGUCGUGAAUAGUUUUAAAGACGUCGUGCCGGAUGCGUGGUUCACGAUGGAGAAACCGUGGGAAAAGACGGUGUGUUUGGGGUACGCAAACGCCAACGGCGGGUGGUAUCGAAGUCCGUUUAUACACAAAGCGAAGAUUAAAGAUUUCAAUAAGGAAAGAGGCUUUGAUGCGUGCGUGUAUGUGUUACCGCACGACGAGGAUGAGAAUGGAGAAACAAAGUACAGAUCGUUUAAGAAACGCGGCAGUAGUAAUACCAACGAAGGAGAAACAAUACUCUCCGUCAUGGGAGAUACCGGACAAACCGAAGUGACGAAGAAAGUUUUUCAGCACGUGAAAGACGUGGUGAAACCGCACGCAGUGAUUCAUACCGGUGAUGUAUCCUACGCCGAUGGUUUCGCGCCUAGAUGGGAUUCCUUUGCUGAGUUAUCUGAAGCGUUGUUUAGUUCGGUUCCAGUCGUCAUCGCGAGCGGGAAUCACGACGUCGUGAAUAACGGCGCAGAAUAUACGGCUUUUGAGAAACGCUACGAGACACCUUGGAGACGAAGUGCCUCGUAUUCCAAAAAUUUCUGGUCCUUCAACGUCGGUAAGGCGCACGUCGUGCACAUUGAUUCUUACUCUUCCGUCUCGACACAAAUGUUCGAUGGCGCCGUAGCUGAUACAUUUCAAACAUGGCUCGAGAACGAUUUAGCGCGAGUAAAUAGAAAACAGACGCCUUGGAUUAUCGCCGUCUUUCACGCGCCGUGGUAUAAUUCCAACUCUGCGCAUUACAAAGAGAAUGAACCGCAACGUCUGAAGUACGAACAGAUUUUAUACAAAUUUGGCGUCGAUGUUGCCUUGAAUGGGCACGUGCACAGUUACGAGCGUUCUUAUCCAGUAUAUAACAAUCAACGCGACGAGUGCGGCAUAACGCACAUAGUAGUCGGCGACGGAGGAAACUACGAAGGACCAUACGGCUCGAGCUGGAUGACUCCGCAACCGUCCUGGUCGGCAUUUCGCGAAGGUUCUUUCGGCGCGGGUUCUUUAAUCGUGCACAACGAUACGCACAUGAGUUGGAAAUGGGAAAGAAACGCGUGCGUUCAUCCAGAUGGCACCACAGAUUUGAAUCAUACGUACUGGUCGAUGCGCGAUGGCGAGUCGGCUUCGAGUUGUCGAACAGAUCAAGAUAAGAGCGAGAACCCUUAUGUAGCAGUUGAUAUGCACGUGUUCGUCAAGAAUGAAAACAAAUGCGAGACUAGGAAAAUGGGAACCGGGAUUGGUGGUGAAAAGUUGACGUUUACUGAGAUUGACGACGAGGAAGGGGGAGUCGCAUCAAGCAGUAACGACCAGUAUCGGAUUCAAUCGCUCACGGUCGCGCUCGCGUUAUCGCUCGUAUGUUUAGGAAGCACGUGCUACGCGCUAUGGAAAACAACGCAAGCAUUAAAGCGCGCCAGAUUUGCGGUCAGCGUACGCGCGGUACACAGGACAACAUUCGACGACGAGGAUGAAGAAGAAAAUGGAGUGGAACUGAAUGUGAGCAAUUCGUUUCACGCCGCUCAAGACGUCGACGAAGGCGACGAAGUGCUUCUUUUUCCAGGAGGGCAAAAUCGAAUUACGAGCAGUUCAAAUGUGAUGUGA